CAUUGUGCGUGCACGAGCUACCAUUGUUUGUUUGUGUAGCGACAUGUUGAAAAUGGCGGAGGGGAGAGACCUACGCGACAUAAAGAGUCAAAUAUGAGUAAAACGUGAAUGACAAUUUCAAAACCGCAAAUUGGAUUUCGUAAUAACUUAAUUUUUGAAGGCGAUACGGAGUAAUGUAUAGCUGAAAACAGCGACACUAUUUUGAAUUAGCCAACAUUGCUAAUCUCGCUAGCUUCAAUAGUGUUUUUUUUUAAACUCGCAGGCUUGUUUGUCAACAUUAGCCAACAACCAUGUUCUCCCUGGCUUGUGUUAGACUGCAGCGCCAGACUACAUUAUCCAUAGCGUGUGGAAGAGAUUGAUUCAUGGAGCGGCAGAACAGAAAACCAAGGCACCCGAACUAGCUGGCACUGGCCGCCCAAUUUACGGGCUUUACUGUCAAAUUUUUACAUCCGAAUUAGCCCAUUUAUGCAUGGAAAUUGAGCGUCUAACUUUAACCAACGACAGAUUGCAUUGAAAUUGAAUAAAUACAGAAGAUAAACACCAGCGUAUACGGAGAUUGAGGCAGGUCCUGCUCGCUAUCUUCUCCCCCAGUGGGAUGGUGCUGCAUGACAGGGAGGCCUUGGCGCCAUAGCCCCCUCUCCUGGAUCCUACCCGCCCCACCACCACCCCCCUCAGAGCAGAGGACCACCACAACAGCAGUCCCCCCCAUGAGUCACCCUCUGGAGCCCUAGAUCAAGUGUCCUGAAGCUCAGAAUGAGUGCUGUAGGGGAAAGUGCCCUGGAACCUGCCACGCCAGAGUCCCGCAAGAGGAAGGGCUCACCAUGCGACACCUCAGAGCAGAGUGUGGAGAAGCGUCGGCGGGAGCUGGAGUGUCGUUACAUAGACGAGCUGGCCGAGCUCCUGUCUGCCAACAUGGGCGACAUGGCCAGCCUCAACGUCCAGCCAGACAAGUGCCACAUCCUCAAGAGCACCGUGGACCAGAUCCAGCAGAUCAAACGGCGUGAGCAGGAGAAAGCGGCUUUGGUGUCACCGGAAGACGAGGUGCAGAAGAGUGACAUCUCGUCCAGUAGUCAGGGCAUGGUGGAGAAAGAGGCUCUGGGGCCGCUGCUGCUCGAGGCUCUGGACGGCUUCUUUUUUGUGGUGAACCGCGAGGGCCGGAUGGUGUUUGUGUCGGAGAAUGUGACGGGUUACCUAGGCUACACCCAGGAAGAGCUGAUUACCUCCAGUGUCUACAGCAUCCUCCAUGUGGGAGACCACGGCGAGUUUGUCCGCAACUUGCUGCCCAAGAGCCUCGUGAACGGGGUGCCGUGGCCCCAGGAGCAGGGUCGGAGGAACAGUAACACAUUUAACUGCCGGAUGCUAAAGAGGCCUCCUGAUGAGGUGGACUCAGAGAACCAGGAGGCACGACAGCAGUACGACAUCAUGCAGUGUUUUACUGUCUCCCAGCCCAAAGCCAUGCCGGAGGAGGGAGAUGACCUGCAGAGCUGCCUGAUCUGCAUAGCCUGCCCGAUGCCCCGCCCCCAGCAGCUACCCGCCAUCCGCACUGAGUCCUUUAUCACCAAACAGGACCCCACAGGGAAGAUCAUCUCCAUAGAGACCAGUGCUCUGCGGGCGACAGGGCGACCGGGCUGGGAGGACCUGGUCAGGAAGUGUAUCUACGCCUUCUUCCAGCCGCAAGGCAAAGAACCCUCCCACGCCAAGAAGCUGCUCCACGAGGUGAUGACCCAUGGCACGGCCAUCAGUCCUCUUUACCGGUUCAACCUGAGCGAUGGGACCCCCCUCAGCGCUCAGACCCGCUGCAAGUUCUGCUGCCCCCCUAACCAUGACGUUCAGCCCUUCAUCAUGGGCAUUCACACUAUCGACAGGGAACACAACACUGCUAGCUCUCAGGAAAACACUAACUCCAGCCUUCUACUGACCCAUAGGAGCCCUGCUCCAUCCCACUCCCCUGCCCUCCCCCCGGGCAGCGAGGCCAGCCAAGCCCCAGGCCCCACCUCGGGCCUCCAUCUCAACAACGGCAAAAGCUCCAGCACCACCUCCCCCACCACACCCACCAGCCAUUCAGCAGGGUACCUGACGCCCACCCGGUUGUGUCCUCAGCAGGUCAACAGCCCCUCGCCCCUGGGAAGCCCCCUUACUGCCACCCCUACCUCAUUUAUGUCGCCCAGACCCCCCAGGGCCAGUCCGGGGCUGGGCGGCAGCCCGCGUGUCCCAGGGAACCCCUUCUCCCCUUCCACCCCUGGCCUGCACUCUCCGGCACUGUCCCUGGGAGGUGGAGCUGGUGGCGGUGGAAGUGGAAUCCUCAGCCGGCACCACUCUGGUGGGGACGGUGGAGCAGGGACCCCCCUGAGUUUCUCUCUGCCCUCCCCUUUACCUCAGAGGCAGGCCAGCACCCCCACCAGCUCCCCAGCACGCCCUCCCCCCGCCAAGCCCCCCGAGGGAGGAGGAGGAGGUGGGGGCGGAGAGGACCUGACUAAAGGAAAAUUAGGGGGGAACUCCAAACUCAACCAGCCCCUGGACAACGGUGGCGUGGGGGCGCCUAGGGACCCCAAAAACACAUCUACCAAACCCACCUCCACCCCUCAGUGCCCGGCCUCCCACAGCACGCUGACGGAGCGCCACAAGAUCCUCCACCGCCUCCUGCAGGACAGCAGCCCGGCUGAGGGCAGCAACGGCAAGGAGUCUGAAAUCAAGAAGGAGCCUCCUGCCAGCCCUGCCACCGCCAACCCCAACGGACCCCCCAGCACCCCUCAGGACCACCAGCUGCUGCGCUUCCUCCUGGACACGGAUGAGAAGGACCUGGGCGACCUGCCCCCUCCGGCCGCUCUCAGCCUGCAGACGGUCCGGGUCAAGACUGAGAAGAGGGCCAGCGGGGACACGACGCCCUGCGCUGCAGCCUGCGCCAGCCCCAAGCCCAAACCGAGCCCUGCAGACAGCAGGCCGUCCAGAGACCUGUUCCCCAGUGGAUCUGCUGACCUGGACCCUCUCAGCCAGCUGCUGCCCACCCUCAGGGGCCCUGCAGGGGCCAAGCAGGGCAGCGAGGAGCAGGGUGGUCCCCAGACCCAAGCCCUGUCGUACCAUAGCCAAACCCAACCUCAACCACGGCUCCAUUCACCUCCACAGCCCCAGACACAGCCUUGGCUCCAAUCACCUCUUCAAACCAAACCUCAGAACCAUCUCCAGCUUCAGUCCCCUACCCAGCUUCAGUCCCCUACCCAGCUUCAGUCCCCUACCCAGCUUCAGUCCCCUACCCAGCUUCAGUCCCCUACCCAGCUUCAGUCCCCUACCCAGCUUCCGUCACCCACCCAGCUUCCAUCCCCUACUCAGCUUCAGUCCCCUACCCAGCUUCAGUCACCUACCCAGCUUCAGUCCCCUACCCAGCUUCAGUCCCCUACCUUACUCCAGCCCAGUGGGGCCAACAUUGUCAAGGCCGUGACCGUGAAGAGGGAGCCUCCUGGAAGACCAAGCCGAGGGCUCACUGAUGGCUCCAGCCUGCAGAACCAGUCACACUUUGACUUCUGCAGCCCCAGCCAGAGACCGGGACAAGGGGAACUCUUCCAGACACCCAAAGGCAGCAGCCCCUUUAAAGAGCCUGGACUAAUGAACUCAUUCGGCUCCAACACCGCGUUGUCUAAGAUAGAGACAGAUUCUCAGCAGUUCCAGACCCUGGCCCUGACUGAGACUCUGUCCUUUGAUGGAGGCGUGGGAAACCCUGUGCAAGCCUCUCUGGCGUCCCCUCAGGAGCAGUGUGUCCCGUGCCCACUGGAUGAGCUGCUGUGCCCCCCCACCACCCCCGAGGGACGUAACGACGAGAAGGCCCUCCUGGACCAGCUGGUGUCCUUCCUGAGUGGCACAGAUGAGAGCGAGUUGGCUGAGCUGGACCGAGCCCUGGGCAUCGACAAGCUGGUGAAGGGCGGCUGCUUCGACCCCGUACCUCAACGGUUCCCCUCCCAGCCUCCUGCCACCACCCCCAUCUCCAUGGACCCCAAGCUGCCCGGCUACCCCUCUCAGUUCAACCCUGGCCCCCCUGCCCAGUUCCCUCCAGAGAUAGCAGGGGUGCAGAGUAUGGGGGGCUUCGGUGCACCCAGGGGGGCCUUCCCUGGUGGCAUGAUGCUGAGGCCUGGCAUGGGCAGAGCUGCUGGCAUGACCAACCAGCUCCGGCUGCCUCCCAACCAGCUGAGGUUACAGCUGCAACAGAGGCUGCAGGGCCCACAGCAGCUGCAGAACAGGCUGGCUGCCAUGAGCCCGUUCCCAGGGGAAGCUCACGUUGCCAUGGGGAUGCGUCAGGGAGGGCAGCAGCCUCAGAUGCCCUCUCAGCCUCCUCUGAACGCCCAGAUGCUGGCCCAGAGGCAGCGGGAGCUCUACAGCUUCCAGCACCGCCAGAGACAACUCCUGCAGCAGAAGGUCAUGUUGAUGAGGCAGGGCAUGGGGGGUGGUGGGCCUAUGGGAGCCACCAGGGGACAAAAAGGACCCCAGCCACAGCAACAACAGUUUGGCUACCCUCCAGGCUACAGCCCCAUUCCAGGGAACCCACCCAGCUCCCCCAGCCUAUUCAACCCCAUGGGAGGGACCCAGGACCCUAAGUUGUCAGGCCAGGGCCCUAUGGGCAGCCAGGCAACUAUGAUGGGGGGGAUGCAGGGACAGUUUGGGGGGGCGGUGAACUCGGCGGUGCAGCCUGUGCUCUUCCAGCAGUUUGGAGGACCAGGUAUGGUCCAGCAAGGAGACCCCUCGUUCCCUCCAGAGCUCAGCCCCACCAGUCCCCUGCUGUCCCCUCAGAACUCCACCACCCAGAGUCCUCUGCUCCAGCAGGCCCAGCCUCCUCCUGGGUACCAGUCACCUGACAUGAAGAGUUGGCAGCAAGCUGGCAUGGGCGGAAACAGCUUGUUCAGCCAGUCUGGUCAGACGACGCCCCAGGCCUUUGGGCAACAGGGGGUCUACAACAACAUGAGUAUCACUGUGUCAAUGGCAGGAGGCUCAGGGGCGGUGGGCUCGCUACCUUCCAUUGGACCACCUGUUGGCAUGGGCAACAGUAACCUUGGUGACAUCAACUCCAUGUGUAACGAUCAGGUACAGCAGGUUCAAGUGUUUGCCGACGUCCAGUGUACGGUGAACCUGGUGGGCAGCGACUCCUACCUAAACCAGCCGGGGUCCAUAGGCACCCAGAAGGGCCCCCAGGGGCCUCAGAGCAGCCAGUCCCAGCAGAAGAGCCUCCUCCAGCAGCUCCUCACAGAGUGACUCCUCAGCUCAGCCGCUUGCCAGGAGAGAGGUGCUCCACAGACCACCGACCUCUUCUCUUUCUCACCUUUGGUUUUAGACACCUGCCUGCCGGACUGGUUAGGAGGGCCCUGGGAUGGAGACUGAGGUCCAGGUAAGAGUGUGUCUGACCUGCCAGCCUGCCAGCCAGCCUCAGCCCAUACCGUACCAUAAGGCAGCAGCUAUUGUUCAGCGCUCAUUCCUGGUUACCUACUUUCAACACAAAUUCUGCUUUCUGUUCUGAGAAAGGAAUCAGCUUCCGGUUUUGCCAAGUCGUUGUGGUUGUCAAAAAAGGGUCUGGUUCCUAAUUGCCCGUUCCGUCAGGUCCAUCGCAGCAGUGCAUCUUGGGAAUGUGAUCAACAUGCAGCUGAGCUCAGCUGUAGUUGGUUAACCCGUCGUCUCAACUUUUGCUCUAGCGUGGGGUGGCGUUGUGGGGACAACGUUUGGGAAUGUUAGGUUUUUAACCUCUGCAGUGGGAAGCUCAGUUUCAGCUGGAUCUGUGACUGACUAGCUCUCUCCAUUGCAGUGCCUGAUGGGAGGAAAUUCCCAGCUCUCGUUUUUUUUGUUUCUCUGUUCUGGUCGUCUGCAUCGUCAGGACAACAAGCAGCCGGGAUGGGAUGGGAUGGGAGAUUGCGCUGCUCUGCUCAGUUGGCCACACCAUCUUUCACAUUUUCAAACCACCAGACUGUCAAAGUAACUGUCUGUCUUACACAUUUAUCUCCUCAGCAGCUGUGAAUAUGAGCCAUGUUGGGCUCUCCUUGGCCUAUCAGUAUGGUUUGUCAUGUGUAACCGUGCAGGUGGGUAGUAUUGUACAGCACAGAUGGACAAAAAAUUGGGAUGAGUUCACACUUUCUACUUUCCUUUCAAAAGCGUCAUUUAAUUACUCUGAAAUGCAACUGUCGUUUUUAGCUCAAACUAUACAUUGUGAUUCAAUGCGGUUUUCUUCCGUUUUUUUAUUUGAGAGUAACAUGUCAGUUAUUUUUUUUUUUUAAGGCGAUAUUUGGCAUUAUGAAAAUGUAACUCUGCUAAAUGUGCUCUGUGUUCUGUAAUGUGAAAAAAGAAAAUCUCGGUAUAAGAAUUUGAUUGAUUUUAGAAAUGGCUAGCUCUGCUCUUUUGGCAUCCCUUUGAAUGUUUUAAAUCCCCUAAAAUGUACCUCAAAACGAACAAGAAUGGGUUCUCAAUAUUACACAAUGACAUAAAUAGGUUCUAACUCGUAACCGUAGAACUUCCUCACUCAGAAGUGAUGGAAGUUGAAUGGGGUGUUUUCUUGGAAACACUGUGCUCUCUCUCCUCCAACUCUCUGCCUGUGAUGAUGUCAUUCCACUGGCCACACACUACAGCUCUUUUUGACUGCUCAUGUGACUACUGUUGCCCAGUCAGACACUGUCUAUCAGCGCUAACCUCUGAUAUUUUACUAUACACAUUCAGUCGCAUAGAAAGUCUGGCCAAAAAACACCAUGUUUUAUUUAUGUGGGUAAACAAUAACCUAUUAACAAGCAAUAAAGCGGAAAAUGAAGAGAAAGCAACAACAGAAAGAGCAAAGUUCGGCGACGUAAUGAUAAUGAAAAAUCAAGUCUAAUUUGGCUUUUGGCUUCUCUGCUCUAUCCCGGGUAUGUGUAUUUCUCUGCUCUAUCCCGGGUGUGUGUAUUUCUCUGCUCUAUCCCGGGUAUGUGUAUUUCUCUGCUCUAUCCCGGGUAUGUGUAUUUCUCUGCUCUAUCCCGGGUAUGUGCAUUUCUCUGCUCUAUCCCGGGUAUGUGUAUUUCUCUGCUCUAUCCAGGGUAUGUGUAUUUCUCUGCUCUAUCCCGGGUAUGUGUAUUUCUCUGCUCUAUCCCGGGUGUGUGUAUUUCUCUGCUCUAUCCCGGGUAUGUGUAUUUCUCUGCUCUAUCCCGGGUAUGUGUAUUUCUCUGCUCUAUCCCGGGUGUGUGUAUUUCUCUGCUCUAUCGCGGGUAUGUGUAUUUCUCUGCUCUAUCCCGGGUAUGUGUAUUUCUCUGCUCUAUCCCGGGUGUGUGUAUUUCUCUACUCUAUCCCGGGUAUGUGUAUUUCUCUGCUCUAUCCCGGGUAUGUGUAUUUCUCUGCUCUAUCCCGGGUGUGUGUAUUUCUCUGUUCUAUCCCGGGUGUGUGUAUUUCUCUGCUCUAUCCCGGGUGUGUGUAUUUCUCUGCUCUAUCCCGGGUAUGUGUAUUUCUCUGCUCUAUCCCGGGUGUGUGUAUUUCUCUGUUCUAUCCCGGGUGUGUGUAUUUCUCUGCUCUAUCCCGGGUGUGUGUAUUUCUCUGCUCUAUCCCGGGUAUGUGUAUUUCUCUGCUCUAUCCCGGGUAUGUGUAUUUCUGACUAACAGAAGGCUUUCUUAAGGGUGUUAUGGUCCAACUAGAUAUCUGACUGUAUAUACAAGGUAUUUUACAAAGUGUGCAACAUUACCCGAGCACAGCUAAUAACCGAGGAGGGUUAGGGAUGAUCAGUUGAAAUAGCAUGCAUGAUCACCAUCCUCCUCCGGAGACCUCAAAUUGAAUGCCAACUACUUUAAUGUGCUAUGAUUUCUGAAUCACGUUGUGUACCGUUUCAAUGGCGUUUGUGUGCCUGUGCUUUAUACCCAAACAGUGGCUCAGGUGUCCUCAGCAUACAACUCAAAUUCAACCUGAAAAUGGCAUCAUUUCGUGUGGUGUUGAUUCAAGUUGACAUGAAAAGCUGGUAGCAGUUCCACUUCGGAAACUCAUUUGUGAAACUGAUACACUGUGAUUGGACAUACCACUUGUUCCUGUCAUUCUAAGACACUUAAAAUGUUGCUUUGCUUUUAGCCUAUUGCAUUUAAUUCAAAACAAUAUAUAUAUAUACGAUUAAUAGAUGAGAUAUUUAAGUGUAUCUUCUGAUAAGGUAAAUGUUUUAUUUUCUAUUUGAAAGGGAUGUGGGUUAACAAUUAGUACUUCUCAAUGUUAAAGCCAUUCCUGAGCCACUGUUUGGUUUAUGUAAAUAAACAUACACUUUACAAAACACACGGAAGCAAGACAAAAUGAACAGAAUGUAUGUGGAAGGAUUUCAUUUGUUUUCAGUAUACAUUUGUACUAUAUAGGGUACCAGCUAACGGUUUCAUACUCCCAGAAGUGUUACAAAAGAUAACUUUUCAUGGAUAUCUUCUUCACAUACUCUCCAGCCUUCGCUCCUCAUUUAGGAACAGGCAUUACUGUAUAGAAAGUGUUAAUAGAACUACGUCAAAUGCAGAAGUUCAUCUGAUCUGUUGAUAUGAACUGUUUAGCAUUUGGGAUAUAAUAUGCCGAAUGCAAAGCACCAUUAGACAACGGUCAUUAACUAACAGACAUUCGUAUAUGCAAGAGCCGCUCAAUGGCAAAGACAGUCCGUUCAGUACAGGUACAAGGUAAAUAUUUGAACUGGUUCUUCAACAUGUGUAUAUAACAGACAAUGUGAAUAUGUAUUUGUUCAGAAUCGACAAAAUGUAGUGCUCCAAGUUUGUGGUAUUAACUACUCGCUUCCAUUUUAUUAUUUUUUGUAUUAUUAUUUUUGACGUAUAUGACUGUCUGAGUGUGUGUUUGUAUGUGAUUAAUACUGUAUAUCUGGUGUUUAAGAUGGAAACUGAAUAUGUCCGGAUUUGAUUUCUUCUUCUUCUUAUAGAUACCUGCAAGUUUUCCUGUGGGUGUUGUUCUGAUUGCUCUUUAUGUGAGAGAAUGGGUUAGCGACUGCUGAAUGUGAUUUUACUGAGAGAGAAGCAGUGUGGACUGGCUUUUGUACGGGUUAAUUUAAAAACAAACAAAAACACACACAAAAAAAAGGCCAUAUUAUUUAAUUUCUCUGUUGUUAAAACGUUUAAACAGAUCUGAGAAAGUGGAACCUUGUAUUCUGAGAAGCAUCGCGGUAGUUAAGUGGGCUUUUGUAGAUCGCCUGAUAUACUUUUAGCGUUUUCAAAAAGUAAUGACCAAAGCUUUAAGAUGUUUAAUUCAUAUCAUAUGCAAGCCUCAUGCAAUUGGACGAGACAAAAUGUAGCGUUUGUUCACUUUUCUAAAAGGAAAUAGUCUAUACAUACUAGCUCCUCCUUGACCACACUAUUCAUUUGUGGUAGUUUGUGCUUUGCGUGUUUGUCCUUUAUUUCCUUUUCCACACAAUUUGUCCUAAGACACUGACAAGUGACCUAUCAGAUUUAGUAUUUUUAUCUAACUUCUAUUCUUUGGAAUAUCCCAAAGUAUGAUCAGUUAGAAACUUCCUCUCCUUGUUGCCGUUGACUCCUGGCAAAGACGCAAAAAGACAUGUAGGGCCUGACAUGCUGUCACUGUUUACAGGAAGAGAGAAACUUGCAACAGCUAGCUAUGCACCUUAACAAAAAUAUUUUUUUUAGCACUGAUUUGGGUUUUCAAAGCAAACUAGAAUUUGAAUCAAUGAUUUAAAUCAAGGUAUUUUAGUUUAUUGAAAGAAGAAGAAGUGAAACCUAGUGAACCAAUUAUUAUUUAAUUUUUUUACUCAACUAGCAUUAGUGAUAGUUGUCUGAACUUGUGGGUCUACUCUAUCAACUGAAUCUCACAGAUAGAUGAUUCAAUCAAAUAUUUCAAUUUAUUUAGCUGAAUACUUUAUACCAAAUUUGAGGUGCUUCUUGUAUAUACAGUAUUUUCUGCAUAGAGGACUGCUCCUCGCUGUUUGAUGAUAAUGUUAAUGAGGAUUUUCUUAUCUUUACCUUUAUAAAACAAGUUUGCUGCAUUUUACAUUACUUUUGUACAAGAAAUCUAAAUAUUCCAGGAAUUUGCAAGAAAUACAAUCUACUUUUGCACUUUAUCUCAGAAUUAUUUAGAGGAAACAGGCCAUCAUAAAUACUACUCGUGUUCACAUUAGAUUACUAUUUAAUCAUCCUAAAUCCCCUAAAUCACAGGAAGUUGGUGGCACCUUCAUUGGGGAGGACGGGCUCGUGGUAAUGGCCAAAGCGGAAUAGGUGUAAUGGUAUCAAAUACAUCGAACACGUGGUUUUCAUAUGUUUGAAGCCAUUCCUUUUGCUCUGUUCCAGACAUUAUUAUGAGCUCUCCUCCCCUCAGCAGCCUCCUGUGCCCUAAAUAUAAUAGAAAGUAAAAUAUAGAUUUCUCAGGUUCUUAAGAACUUGGUUGCAGAGCCCAUCAAUAUGAUUACAAAAGAGAAGUGUUCAUUCUCUACUACUACUCUUAGUAGUUUCACAUAUGAUCCUUCUCUCUGCCACAGAGCCUCAAUCUAAACUAUGCCUUUCUUCUUCAGGUGAUCCACUGCCCCUCUCCCCUUGGCCAUUAGUUAACUAACGCGCUUACACUCAUACGUCCUGUCCUGUGUAACCGAUGUGAAAUGGCUAGCUAGUUAGCGGUGGUGCGCGCUAAUAGCGUUUCAAUCUGGUGACGUCACUCGCUCUGAGACCUUGAAGUAGUGUAGUUGGGCGCGAUGGGUAACGAUGCUUCGAGGGUGACUGUUGUCUGUGUGCAGAGGGUCCCUGGUUCGAGCCCAGGUAGGGGCGAGGAGAGGGACGGAAGCUAUACUGCUACAGUAGCUUUAACUGUUCAAAACAUUCCUCCUCAACUCUGCUCUUAGCUACCAGCAAUCAUUGUGCUCUGGUCUAUACUGUAGCAUUUUACAUUUGAGUCAUUUAGCAUACGCUCUUAUCCAGAGUGACUUACAGUAAGUAGUGAGUUAAUACAUUUUCCUGUACUGGUCCCCUGUGGGAAUCGAACCCCGUUGCAGGCGCCAUGCUCUACCAACUGAGCCCCACGGGACCAGCAGCAGUUCUAUUCUAUAUAUUUCUAGGCUUAGUCAUUUCUACCAAGCAGUAACAGCCCUACAUACGUGUACUGCUGUCCCCUGCGUCUGUUAUUUUGUCAUUGUCACCACCUUGUAACAUACUGCCUAAUGCAGAAGCAACUAUCAUCCUUGUUAAGAUGAAUGCACUCUACCUUCUACAGGUAUUACUUCUCAACUGUUCCGAGUAUUGGAGCAACUGUUUGCUGAUGAUGUUUGUCAAGUAUUGUAAGUGCUGCAUAAUCGAGACUGAAGUUGGUUGUGGAUGGAGAAAUCAAAAGCUUGUCUCGCCACUUAUAAGGCCAAUGCUUUCUCAUUGAAACGAGGUUCCACUUUUCCCCCUGUAAAAUUAAUAUAAAUAAAUAUAAAUAUAUAUAUUAUACAUUUUACUCAUUUUGUCCAGUUUUGUUUAUUAUACUUGUGUACAUUUGUUUUUAGACAGGCAUCAGAGCAGCUGUGUGGGUGGGACAAUAUGAAUGAAGUAUCUGGGAGAAUUAUGCAUGUUUUUAUUUCUGUGUCCAGGUGGAAUACCUGGGAUAAAUCCUACCUUUUCUUAGGACGUCGUAGACAAUCAGUCUCAGGCUGGGUCAAGUAGCUACAGGGGGUUCCUGUAGACUGAAAAGCAACGUUUUUGCAUCUACUGAAACAGUCUUAUUUGUCUGUCAAUUUUUUGGGAGGUAUCUAGCUGCUCAGACUGGGAUUAGUUCAAAGUUUACACACACACAACACACACACCUCGUGCGUUCGGUCCCUCUAUUGCUUUUCCAAGGUGAAGAUGCAGACCUUGAAGGAAAUGAUGCUUUGACUAACAAAUCUAUAACAUCCAUGAAUGUGAGAAUGCAACACAUUUGCAAUAAAAACACCAAUUAAAACAGGA